GGAGGGGCCACGCUCUGGAAAACCCCUUGCGCCGCUCUCACGUCAGUAGAGGGCGGAAGCGCAGACUACAGGAUGCGGUUCCUGGUUGCGUUGCUCCUGCUGAGUGUCGCGGUGGCGAGAACUCUGCCAUCCGACCCUCUGGGAGACACGGUCUCAGGUGAAGAGAGUCCUCCGAUUCAGUCUUCCACAGAUAAGGGCUCCAACCCCCUGCUUCCUGACGUUAACCAGGUAAAGACUAACAAGCAGACGGGUCAGAGGCAGAAGUCGGAUAAAGAAGGCCAGGAGAAGACGACUAAGGCAACAGUUUCCAGUAAGUCGGAAUCUGGUCAGCAGACAGAACUCAAUUUGGGUGAUUCCGAAAGGCAGCCUGAGACAACAGGUGCCAAGUCGCAGCAGCUCUCACCAGUCGACCCCAAACAAGAAAAGCCUCGUCAGAAUCCCACAAAAGAUUUAGGCAAGGCCUCAAAAGAGGAUCCUGAGAAGCCCCCAAAAGAGGAUCCUGAGAAGUCCCCAAAAGAGGAUCCUGAGAAGCCCCCAAAAGAGGAUCCUGAGAAGCCCCCAAAAGAGGAUCCUGAGAAGUCCCCAAAAGAGGAUCCUGAGAAGUCCCCAAAAGAGGAUCCUCACAAGUCCCCAAAAGAGGAUCCUGAGAAGUCCCCAAAAGAGGAUCCUGAGAAGUCCCCAAAAGAGGAUCCUGAGAAGCCCCCAAAAGAGGAUCCUCACAAGGCCCCAAAAGAGGAUCCUGAGAAGCCCCCAAAAGAGGAUCCUGAGAAGCCCCCAAAAGAGGAUCCUGACAAGGCCACCCCCAAAAUCUCCUCAGAUACAGAGACUCCGAAGAUUGACAAAGCCCAGCUAACUGAAAAAGGACAGAAACCAACACUUACUUCCAAAACUGAAUCUGGGGAAAGACUGGCAGGGGACUCUGACUUCCCUUUAAAGUCUUCAGAGCCUACAGAAGAUGUGGAAACCAAGGAGACUGAAGAGGGUGAUACAGAGCCAGAAGAAGGCUCACCACUUGAAGAAGAGAAUGAAAAGGUGUUGGGUCCUUCCUCCAGUGAGAACCAAGAAGGGACACUUACAGAUUCUAUGAAGGAUGAGAAGGAUGACCUUUAUAAGGACAAUUCUGGAAACAGCAGUGCAGAGAGCAGCCACUUCUUUGCAUAUCUGGUGACUGCUGCCGUUCUUGUCGCUGUCCUCUAUGUUGCUUACCACAACAAACGAAAGAUUAUUGCUUUUGCCCUGGAAGGAAAAAGAUCGAAAGUCACUCGCAGGCCAAAGGCCAGUGACUACCAGCGUUUGAACCUAAAGCUUUGAUUUUUAUUUUGUCUGCAAGAACCUUGUCCUCCCUGCUGAUUUGUUUCCGAAUCAAGAGAAAUGAGAAGACUGUGACCUCCUCUGGGGUUUGGUGGCGAGUCUGGGCUGGCAGAGAUGGGAUUGCUUCAGGUUUUGCACCUGCACUUUGAUGACAUUGUCCUCUGGUGAUGUUUUAUUUACUUUUGUGUUCCCUUUAUGCUGAUGUAUUCCAUCAUCCUUUUCCUUGGAGUGCAAGUGAAGGGAGCGUGUGGAAACAUGGCUGUGACCAAAGGAAGACCUCACCUUAGGCAGGCCACACAUAGCCUCUUUAUCUUUGCAACUCUAGGAGCAAACUGUAGAGGUGCUUUCUAGACAAGAUGUAGAAGAUGUUUCUGUGGAAUGCUGAUGGGCAGAGAUGGGGUUGAAUAUAUAUUCUCUACAGAGGUCUCAGCUGUAAACCAGACUAGCAAGUUAAAGAGUAUUAAAGUCGAUCCAUCUGAUAGUCAGUAUAUUUCUCUGAAAGCUUGCACUCUAGUUGUACUAGCGUAAAAGAGACUUGAGGCUUCUGAAAGUAAAGUCACUGUUCCGUGGGAUUUUUUUUUUUAAUAUGGUGAUGAUCAUUGAACCGGUGUGUUCUUGCAUACAGUCACCCCAAUAGGAACUUCCUGGAAAGGGGCAGGUUCAUGGUUUGUGGAAGAAAACACAUAGGAAGGAUUUGGUAUGCAGAAAGAGGCUUUCUACAAAUUCAGUUUUGCCCUUAUUGCCUGCAGAAGAUAGAUAUUUAGAAACAUUCUUCACACUCCUCCUUGCUAUUGAAGAUGCCCAGGGAAUGAGUAAAAUCUUUCCUAUCCUGUCAUAUCUGGUCAUGAAACUGUAAGAAAACAAGUAGGUUCCCUGAGAUAACCGAAGAUGUCUUGGAUUAUGCUGUGUUUUAAGUUUUAUUCUGGUCUAUAUGUUAUGCCUAAAGUGAGAAAAGUCUCAACUAAUCUCAGGGAUGUAGAGGGAAUGAGAAGAAAAAAAAAUAGAGUCCUAUGCUGUUGGAGCAAUGAGUCUAAAGAAGAAGUGGUCUUGCAGUGCUUUCCCCGUGCUGACUGCGGCAUGCGCUUGAAGUUGACGUUUGUAUUCUUAGCAUUCUAGAAAUAAGGUCAUUGCUACUGUUUUCUCAACUGUCCACAGGUCUCCUGUUACUAUUUUCCAGCCAAGAAAGAAGCCUUUUCCAGUCUCCUUCAGCUUUCCUUAACACCUCGUUAGUUCCCCACUUCCAUCUUCUCUUCCUCCUUAGACUUGUACACCUCUGAAUGAGCGCCUUCCCUUACAGCCUGUAUGCAUGCCUGUACCUGUCCUGUUUUAGUUAGCGAUGCUUCUGUUACCUUCCGUCCUCUUCCUGACAUUUGCAGGUUUGUCUUGAUCUGUUUUCUUCCUGUUUCUCAAGGUUAGUCAGUUAACAUCACCAAAUUCAGCAGUUCAUUUUCCCAGCUUGUAACACUUGGUAAUGAUGGAUGCUGGGGUUUAUGCAUGUUGACAUUCUGGGUGUCUCUUGCACAUUGUCCUUUGCCUUAUCUUACAGGGGUUGGGAGACGGUGCCCAGGUCUCUAUUGCUUUGUCUGUCUCAAUAAAUCCAUCCAUUCUUUAUCCUCUCUCUGACUCUAUUUUGUUUGGCCCCCUUCCCCAAGACCCCAGUUCUGCUACAUGCUAACUAAGUCAGCCACAUUGUCUGGUCACACACCAGAGUUUCUCUCUUGUACCUAUUACAUUCAGUUUCUUUAAUCAUCUGAAAACUCUACACUAUCAACUAAUAACAUUUUUAUCAUCACGGAAGUCCAAUUUGUUUUUCCUUUUUUAAAGAAAUUAUAUCUAGGUAUACUCUCCAUUAAUUUUCAGGAACCAGGUGAAUUGACCUUACCAGUUUUGGAAACAGUGGUCAUUUCGGAAUGUGCCCUCGUCUGAAGCUUCUGUCUAAAGUUGUAUUCUAGACUACAGAUUCCUACUCGGCUUCACUGUCCGGCACCCCAUCUCUACCUCUGCCCUCAUCAUGUCCUUUGUAUUCCAGCUGCUUGAGGUUGUUCUACGGGUAGGCUCUUCUGCCCUCCCCCUCCCCCCCAGCUUACCCAGGUCCUUGUGUUUGGAAUAUGCAUAGAGAUCCUUCCUAGAUUCAACACACUUGAUUGGCUUUUUCCAUCCCACACUGAUAGCUCUGACUGUCACCCUCAUCUUGGAACUUCAGCGUGACAUAGUUCUGAUGUUCCAUGAUCUCCCCCAUGAAAACAAAGCUCUGAGAGAUAGCCAUUGGCAUUGUUAUAUCAGCCUUAGGCGGCAGACUUCCUGUUGGAGGUGUAGCUGAAACUGGAGCUCACAUAGCUCUUCCUGGCUACUGCUUGCUAGGACCUUAGACUUGUGACUCUUGCUCUUGAAGGGCAGGAAGGAAGGUUGAUUUUAGUAACGAAGAUUGACAGUGAAUGGACAGACGCUGAAGGAUUGCCAGAGUCUAUAGAGCCUCACCCUCUUUGGGCUGCUGACAGAUGUCUCUGUGCUGAUAGAGUACAGUGGAAUUUGUUUUCACUUGAGAAGUUGCACUGAAGGAAAUGGCUCCCACCAAAGAAAAGUUAUUUUUAGGACUUUUUGUUGUUGUUUUGCUUUUUGAAGGUAGACUACUUGAAGCAUACUUGCUAGAGUGUGUGUGGAUGGUAAUGGUCCAGCUGAGGUAUCUACACCACGGACUGGGCUGGCAUGUAAGAAGUCCAUGAAGCCUCGAGUAGCACCUGUAGACUUUUCUGAGCUUGCUCUCCUGCUCAGUGUUUGGCUGAAGGGCAAUAUCUUAAGGGGAACCUGCUUUGGGUAUAACUGUUAAUAGUUUGUUUUCCUGCUAUGGAUUAUAGAAGCCAGUUCUGGACAACAACUAACAAAAUGUGCUAACAUGUAUUCCCCUAGAGCUCUGUACCCUUCAGAAUUCCCCUGGUAGUGAUGCUUGCUCUUUUGUCUUCAGGGCAUGGUGUGCUUUGCCCAUAUCUUGAGCCAUCCAAAUGCAGAGAAGGGUGUGCCAAGCCCUGUGCCCUGUGAGAUAGUUUCUCAAAACUGCUUACUGGGAAAAUUCUGUUUGGUAUUAGCUUAAGAAAGCUGUAAAGAAUCAGGUGUGAUGAUGCAUGCCUUUAAUCCCAGCACUCUGGAGGCAGAGGCAGAAGGAUCUCUGUGACUAUGAGGCCAGCCUAGUCUAGAAUACCAAGUUCAGGCAGUCAAAGUUACACAGCGAUAGCUUGUCUCAAAACAAAACAAAACUGUAAAGAGAUGUUGAAAUUUAAAUACAUCAUGAUGACUCAGUUUUGUUUAGUUCCCUGCUCAGAUGUGACUCUGUAUUUUAGCUUAGAAACUGUAGUUUGAACCUCAGCUUGCAUAGCAUAGUAAACUACCCAUGAAGCUGGCUUCCUCACACUGUUAGGAAUUUAAUUCAGACUACCAUGUUAUGUAAAUGACUGAAUGUUGAAAUUAUUUUCCUUGUCUUGUUUACCCAGCUAGAUUGCCACUAUAAAUGUUUUGUAUUUUCACCUUUUUUGUAACUUAACUGUAAUGGCUUAAUUUUAUGUUUUUAAAGAUUACUGUGGUAUAUAAGUAUUUUUCAGUAUACUUUACUGAGCUUCUGUAAAUGGCAUCACAGCAUAGUUUUGUGUUAUUAUUGAACAGAAAUCAAUAAAUUUCAGAUAUCAAAGCA